UUUAACAAAGAAAGAGAUUUUCACGUGAUUUACUAAAAUGUCAAACACUCAAACGGCUGCAGGGACUCUACAGACAAAGGAGAAGGACUUCAUGAGGGAGUGAUCCACUGAUCCCAAUUCGAAGAAGGUAAUCAGUUGUUUGAACAUAGAAGACGGAGGCUGGUUUAUAAUCCGAACCCAUACCGAGGAUCUACGAAUCCGUGAAAGACAACAUCAAUGUGGAAAUCUAUCAUUGGAGGAGAUGAGGUGCAAGACGACCUUUUGGACGAUCAAGAAGGCCUCUGCGCUAUAUCUCAUCUUCAGAGAGUCUAUGGCUUCGCUGCUUGUAUGGUCGCUGGCAUAGUUUGUAUGUUCUUGUCGGUUAUUGUUUUUGCAAAGCCCAUCAAGUUUGCUAUUUUGUUCACAUUUGGCAAUCUCUUGGCGGUUGGAAGCACAGCAUUUCUGAUUGGACCUGGGAACCAAAUAAAAAUGAUGUUUGAUCCUGCUCGUGUCUAUGCAACAGCAGUUUAUAUAGGGUGUGUUGCCUUGGCCCUUAUAUGUGCACUUUGGAUCCACAGCAAAAUUCUAACUAUACUUGCAAUCUUGUUUGAAGUCUGUGCACUUACCUGGUACAGUUUAAGUUAUAUCCCUUUUGCUCGAAGAAUGGUUUCAAAUAUGACAAUCCGUCUCUUUGACACAGAAAUAUAGAUGCUUCUGACUAGAAGAAUUGUAUGGAAAUCUUUUUUGACAUUAAAUUGUUGCCUUUGAUUUUUCUAUCGUUUUCUAACAAUCUAUUUCUCUAUCAUUAUAGGUACAAGACGUUUUGUUCUAUAAAAACUGUGUACUUAAUGAUUUAAUUCUAUUUUAAUACUUGUGAUAAACAUCUUCAAUGUAUUUAUCAUUAAUGUAUAAUUGCAAAUACAUGUACUAUUAAUACUAGGGCUGAUCGCGGAUCUGGGAAUUCACGUUCCGUACCGAAGAACCGCCCCGUACCGUUCCAGAACCGAAAGAACCGGAAAAAUGUAAUACCGUACCGUACCGUACCGAGCUUUUUUAAUAAUAUGGUACGGUACUGGUUCUUAGUGAGAACCGUCCCGAAAAACCGAACCGUCUCGUACCGUCCCGAAUUUUCCCGAAAACUAGUGUUAUAAUAUAAUAAUAUACUCCGUAGUAUUAUAUAUAAUAUAUUACCAAGUAUAAAUGUUAGUGACCGUAUGUCCCGAAAACUAAUGUUAUAAUAUAGGUUCAUGUGAGAACUUAAUCUUAGGAGAGGAAAAAAGAAUUAAUGAGGACCAUUAGAUCGUUUCUUAAGUAUUCUGUGCUACUAAAAUGCUUGGAGGCUAUUCAUGUCAUUUACGUUUCUAUUAUUUUAAACGUGGACUGAAAACAACCUUUCCAUCUAGGUAACUGACUCCUUCCUUUAUUGUUUUUCCACAUUUCUUUUAUUUCUUAUUUUUCAAUUUCAUUUACGUACACCUCUUCGUGUUGGUGAUUGUAGUUGGUGUAAUAUACGGAGUACAUAUCCCUAUAGUUUGUGCAAUUUAGAAAAUGGACAGUUUCAUAUGAUUGUUGGUUUUUGUAGUUGCACUAAAUUAAUUUCUGUUUAUUUAAAGAACUAAUUUUAAAUUUAAGUUCGUAGAUUUCACUAAGAGUUAAUGCACAUAAAUUGUCAUGUGAUGCAUUUUAGUAUUUUGUAUGGAACACUUUCAUGAUAGUUGAUUAGUUAUAUAUUUAAUUUUCAGAUAAUAAAAAAGAUUGUUUUGUAUUAAGCUUUUGGUGCACUUACCAUGCUUUGGUCAUGCAGUUUCAUUAGUUUUAAAUUUUUUUUAGAUGUGAUGCAGUGUUAGUGGGAGCAAUUAUGAUCUGAUCUAUUUGGAAGAAAAAAUGCAUUUGAUUUUAUAAAGAUAUCAACGUAAAAUUAUAGAAAGUGUGAUAUAAUAGUGCACUUUUGUGCUUAUUUCGUACUCAAAUGGUAAAAGUGCAUUUCAUAUUGUAAAAAUGAUGUAUGUAGAACUUCUCGAUGUGUUAUAUAAUGGUGCACCUUUGUAUACAUUCGAAAUGCACAAUAUAAGAUGUUUUUACUUGGACAGUAAUUUGCUGGUCUGGUUUCUUUGUAUUUUUAUAAUUAUUCAAGUCUAGUUUGGUUUGAUCUGGUCUGGGAUGAAUUACAGUCCAAGUAAAAACAUCCAUUGUUGUUAGUUUACACCAUUGUAUAUUUAUGUUCUUUUUUUACUUAAAAUUGUAUUUAUUU